GGAGAUCAACCAUGGAUUAAACCAGAAGGAAACUUAUUCAAACUUUCAAGCACACAAUAAUAACGUUAUCCAAUAGAGGAAAAUGCGUCAUCCUUCAUCUUCUUUGUCUUCAUCCGGUCAGAUCAGAGCAAUGGAUGGAUCACGGCGCCCUUGAUGAUGAGCCCCUCUUUUGCCAUCUUCGACUCGAGGUCAUCGAGAAACUGACCUCCCCACUUUAAGCAGCCACAAACUCAUAGAUCAUGAAUACUGCCCACUUGUUCUGGGGUAGCUUGUCAAGGAAUCAAUCAAGUGCAAAGUUAAGGAGUAAGAUCAAUCAAGAGAAGUUAAUCAUCAAAGAUGUCUCAGGAUGUUCCGAAGAAGCUUCCUCACAACCUUGAGCUCCUCCUUCAGAAGGCGGAGCUCCCCUCGGUGGAGGACGUCCAUGAUCACUUCAAAGCAGGCAUUUUCCUCAACAAGAAGACCGUCAGGUGCUGGACUGAUCGAACAACCCACUCCAACAGUUUCAUGCUGUACUCAAGAGCACUCUCUAUUGAACGAAGCGAGGACCCAAGCUACUGGCGCUGGCUUUGGCUUGAAGGGGAUAUGGACGUGGAGGUGGCCGAGAUGCUGAAAAUGUGCCCCGUCAAGAUAAAGGGGAGCUUUGAGAUGAACCACUUCAAUCCUGGGGAGAAGUACGAGGUCAUGUUCUUGAUGAUGAUGAAGAACCCCCACGUCCCUGACGUCGAGCCUCUGGUGAAGAUGACAGUGGAGCUCCCCAACGGGACCACGCAGGAGAAGGAGCUGAGCCUGAAGGCGAUGGUGCCCGGCCAGUGGGCCCAGGUGAAGGCCGGGGAGUUUGUGGGGACAGAAGAGGGAGGGGACGUGGGGUUCAGCCUGAGCACCAGUGAGGAGGUCGAGUGGGAGAAGGGGCUGAUCGUUGAAGGAGUGCUCAUUGAGCCCUGUGUUGAUCGGAAAUAGGUGCUGCGAUGGUCGGAAGUUGAACUGUGGAGGGGUAUGCUUGUUGUUGUUGUGUAAUAAGAGGGAGCAGUGUCUUCUUUGGUGUUUUUAUCUUCUUGUGUUUUGGCUUUGGAUUCGGAUGAGUAGAGAAUGCCGAAUGCAGUUAUCUAUUUAUAUAUGCUAAUCUCUUGUUGUUCUCGUUUGAUUUCUGACUGGAUAGUUGGUGCAUCAAAGAGAGAAAAGAAUUUUGUGUGACUAAUCGCCGAGUCUUUCCUGUUUUGCUCAGUUUAUGUGACGUUGUCUUCUGCCAUGUGCUAGUCAAUUAUUACAUGUUUCACUAUA